AUUUCGAUGACUCUCAUAGUCUCCGUUCUUCACAUUUCUGAUAUAUAAAUCUAAUAUUGAUAGAGUCUCGCGCUGUCUUGCGAGCAGCGUGCUUCUUUGAUUUGAGAAACAAUCGCCGCCCUUCCUUACUUUCAGCCCACCCUUCUUUCUUUUCUCUCAUUCAAAAUGAUAUCCUUGUCACUCAGUUUUUGGGUCCUCUGGCUAGCAAUCGCACUCAAACCUGGCACGUCUCAAGUGAUCACCGCCACUGCUGCUUCGUACGCGCCCACCCUUGCUCAAUGUCCGUCGACCCCGCUUCUUCGACUCGCCGGAUCGGCUGCCUAUUCCAAUCAGACUUUGUGCGCCGAAGAGGUUGCGUUUCGAAAAGGUCGCAAUGCUCUCACCGCACCAUUGUGGCAGUCUUUUUAUAACACUGGGCCUGGGAAACAGACAGGCUACGCUUCAAUCUUUACACAAGCCUCAUUUGAAAAUCCUACCCUAGCCUUGGCCCAUUCAGGCGGCGGGCUUCGAGCUGCUUUAUAUGGUGCCGGAGUCCUCCAAGCAAUGGAUGCACGUACAUCGAACAGCCCAAUAGCUGGUAUAUCUCAGCUGGCCAUGUAUCAAUCUGCUUUGAGUGGUGGAUCGUGGCUAACGCUUUCUUCAGCUAUGAGUGGGUAUCCCGAGAUGAAGCAGCUCGUCGCAAGCUGGUUAUUGUCACGCGACCUCUUCCUACCCGGCGGAGCCAAUGCAAUAGAUGAUGCGAGAUAUUUGGACGCAUUGUUUGACGACGUCGAUUUGAAGAAAAAGGCUGGUCUUGAAGUUUCUAUAACUGACGUUUGGGCGCGUGCAUUAUCACAUCACUUCAUGCCCGGGACAACAACAAAUAACUUUUACGAUAGUACUUCCCCUACUGCCAAUGGAGCAGGUUUACUUGUCUCGGCACUCAAAAACUCACCCGACUUCCAAGCAUUCAAAAAUCCGUAUCCCAUCAUCGUCAGCAAUCAGCAACCUCCCCCGGGAUCACAAGCACCCACCCCCGGCAACAUAGUCCCACUCUCAACAACGGUAUUUGAAACUACAGUCCACGAAUUCGGAAGUUUUGACCCUUACCUCAGUGCUCACAUCCCUACUCAAUAUUUGGGUACCCCCCUGGACAGUGGAAAACCAUUGAAUGGGACAUGUACCACUGGGUUCGAUCAAGCAAGCUUUGUUAUCGGGACGUCAUCUUCACUUUUCAACGCUAUCGCAGGGACACUCGUGGGCUCAAUUGUGGGAACACUGUCAAGUUCUCAACUUGGUUUUAUCAAGUUGUUAGGCAGCCGAUUAGCCAACACAUCUGACCUCACCGGAGUGGACACUGCAUACUACCCAAACCCUUUCAAAGGUGUGAAUGGCCCAGCGGGCUUUGAUCAGACAAAUUCAGACAAGCUUGACUUGGUUGACGGGGGAGAAAACGGAGAAAACAUACCGAUCAACCCGCUGCUCGCGCGAGGAGUUGAUAUCAUCUUGGCAGCUGAUGGUUCUGCUGACACUGAUGAGAGCUCACCCAUCGGUGCCCACUGGCCAAAUGGAACUGCUUUGAUUGCGACAUUCACUCGAGUAACACGCGUGCUUCCAAACGGAUCCGCUAGCUUUCCGCCGAUUCCAACAAAUCCUCAAGAGUGGAUUGAGAAAGGUUAUUCCACCCGGCCGACUUUCUUUGGAUGUAAUCCGCCAUCUCGUACCGGGAACGGAGGUUACCCUUUGGUGGUCUAUCUUCCUAACAGUCCACUUCCACUGCACUCCACUGGUUCUUUCACAAAUACUUCGACUUUCAAACUUAAAUAUGAAGACGCGGAAAGCACCGCUUUCCUCGCAUCGGCCACUACCGUCACCACAUCACCAGUUUUUGACGGUUCAACUGACCAGGAGUGGCCGACCUGUUUAUCCUGCGCAAUGCUUGAACGCGCGCGGAAUCGACUCACUACAAAGGUUCCUCGUUCGGAUAUCUGUAAAAAAUGCUUUCAACGAUAUUGCUACCCCGAUGGAGUGGCUGAAAACUAAGUUAUCCGUUAUAAUUGACACUAUCUACCUUUUUGCUUUUCUUGUUGUACAUACUCUCCUUUUUCAAACUGUCCAGCUUCGUGCUUUGCACCGUCAUGGUUGGGUAUCAUUCAUCAUUAUUAUUUUAAAUGUUGAUUGCAAACGCACUUCGCUUACAAAACCUG